AUACGUCAGAUCAGUCAGGAAUUAUAUACAGGCACUUUGAUUGAAUUGCAUCUUGCCUGUUUAUGUGUCGACAUUUACAUUUUAUAAUUAUUGUAAUAAUUUUCUCUUCUUGGACGGUUUUUGAAGCACUGUCCUGCAGUAAACAUAAACAAAUAUAUAAAACAGCAUGGAAAAAUUUCAACAAAUUGAUUGGUCAACAAAUGUAGAAGAUAUUGUGGAUGAAAAGUUUUUAAACGAAGAGCGUUUACGACAUGAAAGUCCAAUGUACAAAAUAAUGAAUGGUAAUUUUCAGGACCCUUUUCAACAUCUUAGGCGAUUUAUACAUGACAAUCAAAUUUCAAAAUCCUCAAUGAAGCAGCAGCCUAAGAAAUUCACAAAUAAAUUACGCUUGAGUGUUACAGCUGCUGGAGCUGUGAAGAAACGAGGAAGACCAAAAAAAAAUGACAAUUAAUUUUUUUCAAUCAUAUUUCAAGUAGUUUUUCUAAUAAUCGUAUAGUAGUGUGAGAUAUAACAUUGUAAGGUAGAUUUUUUACAAAUAAAAAUUAUUCUUUUCUUUUAUAAUAAAUCUGACGUUAUUA